AUGACUUCUGGCCAAGUUGCACAGUAUGGGACAUUUAAGAGUCCCAUCGAGCCUGAGAGCUUUGCGGCCCCAGGUUCGGUGGUAUUGAAUCGGCUAUGCGUCAACCGCGACAAUGGCAAAAUAUACCUGCUUGAGAUACGUCCAGAUGAGGGAGGAAGAGGCGUCAUCGUCGAGCACUACAAUGGACAGAGCAGAGAUGUUCUUCCCAAACAGUACAACUGCCUGUCCCAGGUCCAUGAGUACGGUGGGGCCUCCUUUGCCUUCAAUGAGUCUACGGGACACAUUAUCUUCACGGAUUGGGAGACCAAGGGUGUUUUUGGCCUUGACCCUGAAGCAGGCGAAACAAUCCCAAUCGUGACGGCGGAUCCCAAAGUAUACUACGCCGACUUCGCUAUCCAUCCUCACCAUUCUCAAUAUACCGUGGCGAUCAAAGAGGACCACAAUACGUCCAAGAUUUCAGACAUCCAAACCUCUCUUGUGGUGAUCGACUCGUCCACAAAUCAAGUCCGGCCUCUAGCUACUGGUUCCGACUUCUACACCUUUCCAAGCUUCAGUCCUGAUGGAACAAAGAUUUGUUGGAUACAGUGGAAUCAUCCUAAUAUGCCAUGGGAUAAUACAGAGCUAUGGCUUGCUGACUGGGACCACGGCACGGCAAAGAACCCCAGAUGCAUUGCUGGCCAGCAGACCAAGGCCAGCAUUACCCAACCACGAUGGAGUGAUGAUGGAGUUCUUUACUUUGUCUCGGACCAGACUGAUUUCUGGCAAAUAUAUUCUUUUGCCAAUGGUGAUAUACAACAACUCGUACUGUCAGGGCUGGAGGAUGCCGAAUUUGGAUUUCCAGAUUGGUUUUUGGGAGGCUCUUCCUACUGUCUCCUAGAUCCGUCCAAUAUGGUGGCCGUUUUCAAUUAUCAAGGCCGCUGCACAACCAUUCUCGUAGACACUCGAACACUCGAAUGGCGUGAUCUCAGCUGUCCUAUUGUCGAGAUACCGAAUGACGCCGUCAAGCCAGUAUCUGACACAUCGUUCGCCAUCAUCGGCGCCACUGCCUCCCUCCCCAUGCUGGCUACGGUGAUUGAUAUCAAUGAACAAGGGCUUGGGACAAUCUUGAAACAGUCCACCCAGACGCCUCUUCCGGAAGAGUAUGUCUCCUCUCCGCAGCCUAUUACAUUUCCGCGAGUCCACGGUCCUGGUGGUGGUGACGCUUAUGGGUUAUUUUAUCCGCCCAAAAAUCCACAAUUCGAGGCGCCGGCUGGCACACUUCCGCCCCUUAUUGUCGCUCUUCACGGGGGGCCAACAUACCAAGCAGGCCCAGGUUUCUCCCUUCGCGACCAAGCACUCACGACUAGGGGUUACGCUCUCGUACAGCUUAACUAUGUAGGAAGCACUGGCUAUGGCCGGCCGUACCGCCGCCUACUUGCUGCACUAUGGGGAGUCAGCGACAUCGCCGAUGCUGUUUCGGCAGUUGACUAUCUGGCUCAACAAGGGCUUAUCGACAAAUCACGAGUGGGUAUCACCGGCCACUCUGCAGGUGGCUAUGCAACGAUGCAAGCUCUGGCUAAAUACCCCUCGGUGUGGGCUUGCGGUGUCGCUGAGAGCGGCAUAUCGGAUAUGAGGCUCCUUGUCGAGGAGACUCAUAAAUUCGAAUCUCAAUAUCUCUCGCCGUUAUGCUAUCCUUCUGAUGCUACACCAGCAGAGCAAGAAGCCAUUCUGAAAGACAGGAGCCCUCUGACUCAUGCGUCAGAUAUUAAAAGCCCGCUGCUGAUAAUCAGUGGAGCGGACGAUGCCAUUGUGCCGCCAAAUCAAGCAUACAACCUGGCAAAGAUCAUCAAGGAGGCAGGCACAGCGGUAGACAUCAAGGUCUAUGACGGCGAAGGGCAUAUAUUCAUCAAGGGAAGCACAUUAAGUGAUAUCGAGCGGAGGCGGUAUGAGUGGUUCGAGAAAUACCUGGCAAGGGCAACUCGGUAG